UCUAUUUCGCACUGACCGUAGAAGAAGAACGUUUCCGUGAACAGCGCCGCUUUGAAGCUCGCCCCAGCUAGUCUCUCCCUCCGCGCGCUCACGAUACCGGCACAUUCACUGCAUGAUGGCCGAGGGAGGCGGACCCGAGUCGGGUGGCACGGCGGACUCGGACUCGGAGCCGGUAGCAGCUCAAAUGCCAACCCCUUCAACAGAGAGCCAAAAACAGACCAUUGGCUCCCUUUUGAAAACAACUCUGCGAAAGGGCGACGAGUGGUAUCUAAUAGACAGCCGGUGGUUCAAACAGUGGAAGAAGUAUGUGGGAUUUGACAGCUGGGACAUGUACAAUGUUGGUGAACGAAGCCUCUACCCAGGACCAAUUGAUAACUCUGGGCUGUUUUCAGACCAGGAGACUCAGGCCCUGAAAGAGCACCUUAUAGAUGAGCUGGACUAUGUCCUUGUACCCACUGAGGCAUGGAAUAAGCUUGUCGGCUGGUACUUCUGCCUCGAGGGUCAGAGACCCAUCGCCAGGAAGGUGGUUGAACAUGGCAUGUUUGUCAAGCACUGUAAGGUGGAGGUCUAUCUGCUGGAGCUGAAUCUGUGUGAGAAUGACAACAUGGACAAUCUGGUCACACGUCAUUUCAGUAAAGCUGAUACCAUAGAUACUAUAGAGAAGGAGAUGAGGAUGCUGUUCAAUAUCCCAUCAGAAAAGGAGACACGACUCUGGAACAAAUACAUGAGCAACACCUAUGAGCAGCUGAACAAGCCAGACAGCACUGUACAGGACGCUGGUCUCUUCCAGGGGCAGGUGCUUGUGAUUGAGCGCAAGAAUGAAGAUGGCACGUGGCCCAGACAAGCCUCCCAUCCCAAAUCCAGUACAACCCCCUCUAGGAACUUUACUACCUCCCCAAAACUCUCCUCUAACUCAUCGGCCAGUAUCUCAUCAACAGUAGCCAACGGAGACGGCAGCUGUAGCUCUGAAUAUACACUUAAUAACAGCACCUCAUCUGGCAACAGAUUGGGCAACUACAAUUCCUACAGCUCCUCCUACAACUACAGAGAGUCACAGUCACAACCCGGCCUGUGUGGUCUCAGUAAUUUGGGCAACACAUGCUUCAUGAACUCUGCCCUCCAGUGCCUGAGCAACGCAUCCCCACUUACAGAGUACUUCCUCAACGACCAGUACGAGGCAGAGAUUAACCGAGAGAAUCCUCUGGGAAUGAGGGGCGAGAUAGCUGAGGCCUACGCUGAUCUAGUAAAGCAGAUGUGGCUGAGUCGCAGCAGCUACGUGGCCCCACGUACCUUCAAAACCCAGGUUGGACGCUUUGCCCCCCAGUUUUCAGGCUACCAGCAGCAGGACUCACAGGAGCUGUUGGCCUUCCUGCUGGACGGUCUCCACGAAGAUCUGAACCGUGUCAAGAAGAAGCCUUAUCUGGCCCUGAGGGAUGCAGAGGGCCGUCCAGAUGAGAUUGUUGCCAAGGAAGCCUGGACAAACCACCGUUUACGCAAUGACUCGAUCAUAGUUGAUAUUUUCCAUGGCCUCUUCAAAUCCACUUUGGUGUGCCCAGAGUGCUCCAAGGUGUCUGUCACCUUCGACCCAUUCUGCUACCUCACACUGCCUCUGCCCAUGAAGAAGGAUCGUACCAUGGAGGUUUUCUUGGUGCGAUCAGACCCUCAGUCUCAACCCACACAGUAUCGAAUGGUGGUCCCCAAACUGGGUACAGUGACAGACCUGUGCAGCGCCUUGUCCAAACUCUGUGGCAUCCCUUCAGAAAAUAUGGUGGUGGCGGAUGUUUACAAUCACAGGUUCCAUAAAAUUUAUCGACGGGAUGAUGGCCUCAACCAGAUCAUGGAAAAGGACGACAUCUUUGUAUAUGAGGUACAGGAGGAGGACAGUGAGAAGAUGAACCUGCCUGUAUAUUUCAGGGAGCACCACACCAAACAUGCUGGAAGCUCCACAAGCAACAUGCUGUUUGGCCAGCCUUUACUCAUCACCGUGCCCAGACACAACCUCAUAGCAGACGUUCUAUAUGACAAGAUCCUAGAGAGAAUUGGGCGCUAUGUAAAACGCUCCCAGAGCCCCAGCAGUGAAAGCAGGGCCUCAGCUUCAGCCACCUGUUCAAGCUCCAGUCAGGCUGCUGAAUGUUCUACAUCGUCUAGUCUCAAUCCCGGCCUGGGUGGCUGUGGCAGCCCCCUGUCGGACGGAGCCUCCUGCAGUGCCAGCUCCAGCAAUGGCAGCAACCACUCAGGGACCUGCAACGAGACUAAUGGGCUGUAUGAUGGUGAGGAGGAGGCCAUGGACCACCAGGUGAGCCCAGAGCCAGAGAAUGGCCAGUCUGAAGAGGAGGAAGAGGAGACCUCUGACUUGGAAAACGGGCCUAAAGCAGACGCGGCCAAGCUGUGCUCUUCACCAGCCAAGCUCUUCACAUUCAGCAUAGUCAACUCUUAUGGAACAGCCAACAUCAGCCCACUGCCUUGCGAUGGCAAUGUCCUCAAACUCAAUCCACAUUCCACGGUGGCAAUUGACUGGGACACAGAGUCAAAGAAACUGUGUUAUGAUGAACAGGAAGCAGAGGCCUACGAGAAACACGAGAGCAUGCUUCAGCCCCAAAAAAAGAAAGCUACUGUGGCUCUGAGGGAGUGCAUCGAGCUCUUCACAACUAUGGAGACACUCGGAGAACAUGAUCCAUGGUAUUGUCCCACAUGUAAGAAACAUCAGCAGGCCACAAAAAAGUUUGACUUGUGGUCGCUGCCUCGCAUUCUGGUUGUCCACCUAAAGCGUUUCUCCUACAACCGGUGUUGGCGGGACAAGCUGGACACAGUGGUGGACUUUCCCAUUAGGGAUCUGAACAUGUCAGAGUUUGUGUGUGACCCUAAGGCCGGACCUUACAUAUAUGACCUCAUUGCUGUGUCAAACCACUAUGGAGGAAUGGGAGGGGGUCACUACACGGCAUAUGGCAAGAAUAAAGUGGAUGGAAAGUGGUACUACUUUGAUGACAGUAGUGUCUCGUCUGCCUCGGAGGACCAGAUUGUGACAAAAGCAGCCUAUGUGCUCUUCUAUCAGCGCAGAGACGAGGAAGCCCCUUCAAAACCUCAGCCUUCGGCCUCGCUGGGAGGAGCCUCCGAAGCCGCGGAUGACCACAUGGACACAAAUUGAGGAGCCCUGAAGCAAAGGGACACGCACUGAAACGCAUACAGCAAAUGGAGACACUUGGACGCACACACACAACGCUACUUUAGUGACAGAGGACUCCACAGACUUAACGUUAUUAACCCCACCUUCCCUGUAUUUGAUUUUUGUCUUGUAUGUUGUCAAACUAGAGCCAACAGCCUUGUCAGAAGAUUGACCCGAGAGACUUCCUCCUCAGAGCGGGUGGCCUGCUGAUUUCUGAACAUAGUUUACUAGUCUGGAACUAAGAGGAUUAUAAAUGGAUAUAGAUUUUUCUCACUGGAAGAACAGAAUGUUAGAAGUGCCCUCAAUUGCAUAGAUAAACAAAUGUUUCUGUUGCCCUCAACACAACAGUCAGAAAUAUAUAAAAAAAAAAAAAAAA